AUGCGCAGUCACAUGUAUGUGUGCAUUGACAUGUAUGUGUGCACGGACACGUGUGUGUGCAUUGACACGUAUGUGUGCAUUGACACGUAUAUGUGCAUGGACACGUAUGCGUGCAUGGACACGUAUGUGUGCAUGGACAUGUAUGUGUGCAUUGACACCGUGGUGCAGCUGGUGGCGGCCGCCAGCAGAGCCCCCCCCGCCGCCCCCCGCCCCACGACGAAGGGGAAGAGCCGCCGCUUCCCGGGCCCCGCGGGGCUCCUCCCGCAGCAGCAGCACCUCGGGAAGCAGCACCUGGAGCAGAUCCUCGUCCCGACCCCCACGGCGCCGGUUCACGGGGCUGUGGCCAAGCUGCGGGCGGAGGAGCUGCCCAGCUCCCCACCGCCCGCAGAAGAGGAUUUCGGGAAGGGCCCCUGGCUCACCAUGAAGAUGGAGCUGGGUCUGGACGAGAGGGACCCCGGCUGCUUCCUCAGGACCUACAGCGUGGUCAUGGUGCUGCGCAAGGCAGCGCUGAGGCAGCUCCCGAGGAACAAGGUGCCCAGCAUGGCCGUGAUGAUCAAGAGCCUGAGCAGGAGCAGCGUUGACGCCGGGGCUGUGUUCCGGGACCCGACCGGGGAGAUGCAGGGCACGGUGCAUCGCCUGCUGCUGGAGGAGCGGCAGAGCGAGCUGAAGCCCGGUGCUGUGCUGCUGCUGAAGCAGGUGGGCGUCUUCUCCCCCUCCCACCGCAACCACUACCUCAACGUCACCCCCAACAACCUGCUCCGGAUCUACGUGCCCGAGCCCGACGCUGGCCUCUCGCAACCGGAGGUCCCCACCCCGGCCGCGUUAUCCCAGGAGCAUUCUGCCCCGAUCCCCCACCACAUCCCUGCGCACGGGGACAGGGAACAGCUGAGGACGGGCGGCCCUGAUGCACAGCAGCCGCCCAAAGGCCCCUGGCUGCACCCACAGAGCAGGGAGCGCGGGCAGCGGGAGCCCCCAGGGAGCGGCGGCUGCGACACGACCGACUUGGAUGACCUGGACUGGCUGCUGCGAGAGCUCCCCGAGGAUUUCUUCUCGGCCCAGUCUGACUGCAGCUGAGCGUGGGCGCCGGGCCAUGCUGCUCCCAGCAGGCAGCUGCUGCUCCGGCCGCGUCCCGUCCCUCUGUGCCUUUGCUCUGGGGCUGGGGGCACUGGGGAGCCCUGCACAGAGGGGGCUCCGGCCCCCACCUCCCCCCUGCCCCCCAGCACCCAAACCCACAUUAAAGGGCUGUUGGCUCUGC